CCCCUUUCAGUUUCCAAUUUCCAUCAGUUCGUAAUUGUUCCUUCUGAGAAUCGACCACGCUUCUGGAUCAGUAAAACCUAAUAAGAAUUCUACCAAUAACGUUUCUUUCCAUUUAAUUUGGUUAGAAUGAAUAUUCCAUCGUAGGAUAUACAUACCUAUUUGGGAUUGUUGGUUUUAUGUCUCGGAUGAGAUGGAGGACUGGACGAAAAAAGAAAAUAUGGAUUGGCCUAGAUAAUAUGGGAUGAAUGUAUUUCGAGCAGCCAUGUUGACUUGGUUCUAAGGGACAAACCCAUACACACGUUCAAUAUUUCUUCUUUUUUUUUAUUAUAGAACCGACUCCGGUUUUUGGUAGAAAAUUUGGACCUUUUUAUUUAUUCUUCUACAAAGAAAUUAGCAGUAAAUCGCGAUUAUUUUUUAAAACUUUUUUUUUAAUCCGUCGAAGGUCAUUUUAAUUCCGUCGCAUAUUUGCACAGGCAAUUUAUAUUAUUAUUUAUAUAAAAGUUCUUCAAACGCAAGAAGGAAAUUCUUAAUAAUGCCAAGAAUUGAUCCCAAUCAGUUGCUCAAAUGCUUGAGUGUCCUCCUUUCACCAAGCGGAGGAAUACGCAGUAAAGAUGAGGUUCAAAGGAUAGCAAGCCUUAUGACAAAAUUUUCAAAAAAACUUGUGAGCAAAUGUAUUUAUGUAUUAAUAUUAAAAACAACUGAAGCCGAUCUUUUGGACAUGUUUAUGUCUGCUGGGGGAUGGGACUUGACAUUUAAUUGGCUUUCUGAUGGAAUUCAGAUGGAAAAUUGGCCUUUAGUUCUAGAGUUGGUUGAAUUGUUACUUUUGUGCCCUGUUGAUAUUGAAAGACUGAAAGGAAACAAUUGUCCCAAAGCCAUAAAAAUGCUUUCUAAAGAACCCAAAGCCACAGAAAAAGUUAGAGUCAUGGCUUGUAAUGUAGUUGAACAAUGGCUGGCUGUAGUUAAAGGGGCUUGUGAAGCUUCGACUUCACAGGGCCAAACUGAAUCAUCCCAGGCUGAUAAUUCUGAUGAGGGUAUCGAAGGAGAAGAACAAGAAAGUCGAGAGGAUGGUGAUAAGUUACCUUUGUACAAAAUAACCAUUUGUGAGGGUAAAAAAGUACUGGCUGAAGUUAUUUCUGACAGAAAUACACCUCGUGUAGACAGGUUGAUAUCAGAAGAGGGAGAAGAAGGUAAAUCGAGUGAUGAAAGUAUUUCUGACAAAGAACCAUCAGAGGAUAAAAUUGACGAGCUGGAGAAAAUUGACAAAUCUAGUGCAGAUAAAAGUGUCCAAAAACAAAAAGAUUCAAGUAAAAGUGACAGCAAGAAAGAACCCAAGAAAACAACAGUAUCUAGGAAAAAGAAUGAAAAAAAGACUGAGACAGAUGAAAAAGAUAAAAACAAAAAGAAAAUGUCAUCAGAAAAAAGAUAUAAACUGGAUUUAAAAGCAAAAUUGAGGGAAAAAGAAAGAAUGAGAGAUAAAGAAAGAGAAAAGGAAAGGGAAAGAGAAAAAGAAAAGAAUAUGAAAGAAAAAUCAAAACAAGAAGAAAAAGACAGAGCUGUUUUAUCCAAACUUUUGACUCCUUCAUUGACUAAUGUUGGAAAGAUUCCUAAGAAAUUAAAAGAUGAUUUAAGUAAAAAAGAAAAGACGAAAGAUGAAGAAAAGACUGAUGACAAAGAUAAAGUAAAUAAAAAACCUGUGGAACCCAAAAAACCUCCACCACAGCCAAAAGAUCCGAAGAAGUAUAACAUUUCAGUUGAAGUGAGAAAAGGAGGAGAAGAAAGGCCUAAAACGGUUAAAACUUUCAAUUCUAAAUUUAGAUCUACAGGACUGGAGGAACUCCCACCUCCGCCUAAAAACCUUAAGAAGACUGACCACAAGAAGGAUGAGGAAGAUAAAAAAUCAUUAAAGCGACCCUCUCCAUCAAAAGAGACUCAUCCACCUGAGAAAAAAUUAAAGGAAGAUAAAGAGGAUAAGGCUGAAAAACCAGCUGUUAAACCUAAAGCUCUUGGCUUGCAAGAAAGCGACGUUUUUGCUGAUGCAUUGACUGCUGCGAAUCCUAUUAAAGAUAUUAGGAAAAGAAAAAGAAGACCGAGCACGUCAGUCACUGAAGUUAAGAAAGAAGCAGUUUCUCCUCCAGUGCAAAAUAAGCCUGAAGACCCAAAACCUGUUUUUAAGUUCUAUCAGGAUACUUUAAUUACAUCUGAAGACAAGAAAGAUGAUAGUAAAGACGAAACUAUUUUAAAAGUUGAUGAAGAUACCAAAAUGGAAGUAGCUGAAGUUGAGCAAUUUUCAAAAGAAGAAAUUGAGGAUGAAGUGGCUAAGGCUGAAGAAGCUAUAAACGAAGUUUUGAAACGGGAAGAGAAAAAAAAUCUUGAGAGGGAGAGAAAUAGGUUACCCAAAGGAGUAUUAGUUUAUGUUAAAAAAGAAGCGGGUGUUAAGAAAGGUGUGCAAUGGAAACCCGAGGCAGAACUAGAAGCUAUUAAGUAUUUUGAAUUAGAUGAAAAUGAAAGAGUAAAUGUAACUAAGGCAUUCAGUGACAUGAAGCAAAUGGAGAGAAUAAAUGAAAGGAUGCACCUAUCAAGGAAACUUGCAAUGGAAGAUAUCAUGGAAGAAAAAACACCUUGGAGACCUCUUAUUCCGAUUGACAUUGAGGGUGAUCUAGUAAUUCCAGGAAAGAACAGUAUAGAAAAAGAAAUUCAACAAGCAAGGGAAAGAACAACCCUUCAAGCAAUUUAUUUCAACAAGAGCAUAAUACCGGAUUCACCAGCAGAACCUGACCUCGAAAUACACGCUAUGACUGAACCGACAAUCAUACCUUUGGACGAUCAGACGGGAAAUACAGAUUCAGUAAUUUCGUAUAAAGAUAAACCAUGGCCAGAACCAAAAGGAUACGAACCUGGGACUCUUUCGAGACCAAGCGAAUCUCCACCUCACCUUUUCCCACCGCAGGAACUGCAACAGCAGCAGCAGCAACCUCCAGCCAUGAUGGGUCCGCCCUCAUUCCCUCCUGGUCCCUUUCCUCCAGUUCCUUAUUCCAUGGCUUCCGGCAUGAUGCCUGGCCAAGAGUGGAUGGUGAACGGAGAAGGAAAUAUAAUGGGAGGAGGAGACAACAAUAUGAUGAUGAUGGGGCCUGGUAUGAAUCCCGGUAUGCCGAAUAUGAAUCCGGGUAUGCCACCGAACAUGCACCCUGGUAUGAUGGGACCGCCUGACAUGUUCCAAGGACCUCCUGAUAUGAUGCCUCAAUUUUUUGGACCCCCUCCGGGUAUGUUUGGCGGCCCAGGUGGGCCUGGGCCUUUCCAGGGACCGAACGGCCCUAUUCCUAUGCAACAAGACAUAAGGCCACCGAGACAACAAUGGUUCAGACAAAAUGGAGGACCUCCAGGUGGUGGUGGAGGAAAUUGGAGGCAUCCUAACAAAAAUAAUAACAAAGGAAGUGGGAAUUGGAAACCUAGAGGAAUGUGCAAUAACUUUAUGAAGAAAGGCUUCUGCCGAGUACCAAAAUGUCCGUUCAAACAUCAACUAAACAAAAACAGAUAAAAAUAGCAUGUUGGCUCUUUUAAAGGACUAUGUCCUAAUUUCCACCGAAGGAAUUGAUGAUCUCUCAUUUUUAAUCUUUACUUUGUUUUGCUCGUACUGUAUUCCCCCCCAUCCCCUUGGACAAUUUAUUUAUUCCUUUUUCCUGUGUAAAGCACCUAUUCAAGUAAUUAAUGGGAGAACGUAUAAUAUAUGUAUAUGUAUGUGUACGUUUUUAAAACUGUUUGUUUUAUUGAAAGUUGCUUUUGUAAAUAAAGUGAGGACUGUUAAUUCUUUAUAUAUAACAGAUAUGUAAGUUUGUAUAUAUUUUGUAAAAUAAUAACAUGGUAUAAAAAAUAAUAAAAGUGUAAAAGUACAUAUAAUUGCAAAAUCAGGUCAUAAUUGUGUACAGUUGGAUCAAUUUAUUAUUGUAAAUGAUUGUAUAGAAUAUUUCUUUUUUCUUUCAUUUUUUUCUAUCAACCAUUUGAUACAAAUGGGCUGGAAAAUAAACUAAAUUUUUAUAAAA